AGGAAGUCCUCCGGCUAACGAGCCGCCCGAAGUCACACAGGACCCAAGAAAGACCAACACCGGGAAUAAAACGGAGUAUGGAGGCGAAUAAACCAACUGAGACGGCAGCCACAAAUGCUUCUGGAUCGGAAGAGGAGGCCAAAAAGGCAGCAGCUGCAGCCAAGAUAGCCAACCGUCUGCCUGAAAUCCGUCUGGUGGUGGUGGGCUGGAGGUGGCCGGGGAAGAGCUUAACAGGCAACACCAUCAUAGGCCGAGAGGAGUUUCGCUUGGAACGAGCGGCCGAGUUCUGUGUCACGAGGCAGACGGAGGUGCAGGGUCGGCAGGUGACUGUGGUGGACACUCCAGGCUGGUUCUCUGCCCAGGAUACCCCCCCUAGCUACAAACAGGAGAUAGUCAGGGGAGCCUCUCUUUGUCCUCCAGGUCCACAUGCCUUUUUGCUUUGCAUCCCAGUUGGCAUGUUCACAGAGUUGGACCGUGCUCGCAUUGAGGAGCAUGUCAGCCUCUUUGGGGAAGAUGUGUGGAGGCAAACGAUUGUGGUGUUCACCUGGGCUGAGGUAUUGCGGAGCAUUUCCAUCGAGAGGUAUAUUCGGAGGGAGGGCAAAGAGCUGCAGUGGGUGCUGGAGAAAUGUAAGCGCAGGUACUUUGUUAUCAACAACUGCAUAUUUGGGGAGCAUCCCCAGGUAGGACGCUUAAUGGAGAAGGUGGAGAAGGUGGUGGCAGAGGAGGGGGGCCACUACAAACCAGUGGAGGGGGAGAAGGAGGAGAAGAAACCUCUGGAUGAGAACCAAAAUCCAACCAGAGAUGUCCAGGAGCUGGGGGCCCGACCCAAACAGCAGUCUGGACUGGGUGUGUCAAAAGCCAUGGAGGUGGAACCGCUUCCAAAUUAACAAGACGCUUUUGGCCGAUGGACCCACGAGUCGCGGAACCUCCCCCUUCCUGUUCUGAUGGCAAAACUGCUUAUGUGACAAACAGAAAAGGGUAAAUUACUGAAAUGUUACUGAAUGUACAAACCAGUGUGAUUGAUUCUAUUUAUUUUUAUAAUCAGACAUGUUACUGCGUGUUUUCGCUGUGUGCAUUCUUGAUGAUGCAUACACUGUCACUGUUAUAUAAGAGGCCUUCUCAACAUAGUCCCCUGGGUUCAUGCUGUCUGCACAUUUAUUUACCCAUUUUAACCUGUAAUGAUAUUUGGAAAACGUAUGUAAAAGUGUCUUGAGCACUGUGUGACAGAAAGGAUGUAUUUAAAUCUACAACAACGAAGCACAGGCUGUUACACAGAAAGUAGCCACCAUUUUCAAACCCAGUGUGUACACUCCUCAGUCAUGGCAGAUACCAAUGGCAGAACUGCACUACUAAACUGUUGCUAUAACAUUCUGUUGAUGACUGUUAAAGAUAUUGUUUUUCCCAUUUGUUGUGACCAAACUGUAAAUGCUUUUCUUUUGCUGCCGUGUUUAUUAUACAGCUAUGUGUGUACAGUUGUAAAGCACUUGAACAGUUAGGGAUUUUUGUCUGAUGUGUGUUGCUUUUUAAAGUAGUUAUUGAGUUUCUUAUAAAUAGAUCUUUUAGAUGAUUAUACUACUUUGUGGCAAAGGGAUAUAUUCAAGGAAAUGAUGUGCUAUCCUAUAGGACUUCUGAGUAGUAGAUUGAUCUAUUAGUCACAUAGUUAACUAGUUUGAUGAAACCAUGUUAAACUAAAAAUCCCAAAUAAUCACCAUUUAGGAUCCUCAACUGUUAUUUUGUGCUUCUCUUCUUUGUUGAUAAUCUGUUUUAAAAUAAAUAUCUUUGGGUUAUGGACAAAACAAGCAAUUUCAAGUUGUAAUAUUUAGUUGUAGAAGACCAUAAUAGGUAUUUUUGGCAUUUAAAAUCAUUGUUUUUUUAAGUACAUAGACAAAAUGAUUAAUCAAAGAUGUAGCAAUACUAUGUGCCUCCCAUCAUAGUGAUGCAAUUGUUUUUCAGGUAAACUGAGGGUUGAUUGACAGUUGAUUACUGUUCUACUGUUUAAAGCUGACAAUGAACUGUUUGCAGACUCUAAAACAAGGGCUCAGUCUCCAUGAUGAAAGUGUUUGGCAGCUGUUUUUGUGGGACACGAGAGGUUUCUCAGGGGAACACUUGUGUGGCACCUAAUGAGGGGACAUUUCCAUCCAGGAAAAGCUAGAAAGACGACACUUCAAGAACCUUGUCAUUGUUUUCCUUUACAAGCCACGCUUAGAGCUGACCACUGAAGUGCCUUUCUUUUUGCCUCUUUGCAUCAAAGCUCUUUUGUGCAGCAUUUCCACUUUAUAAUCACAUCUUUUAACUUUCUCAGAAACAUUUUUGUGAUCAUUAGUAGUGCUAUGCAGCAACAUUUGUAUGAAUAAAACAACGCUUUGAUUAUUUCAUGCACAUGUAUUAACAAUAUUCCACUAAUUUACAUGCACAUGGACAAAGCAGAUCAUACUGAAUAUAAAGCACAUCCUUGUUGAUACAAACUGCAUCAGAUGCUAAGCGUACGUGUUGUUUGUUUACAAGAAAGCUGUCGGUCACAUUUGUUUUUAUAAAAGGGAGAACUUUGGUGGAAUCUAGUGUAGUUUUUAGCUUCUAGCAGGACAGCAAACCUUUAUGCUUGCUGUAAUUGUAUAGUGGGCACCAUUGGGUAAGCAUGAGAUAGAUAAAAUGGGGGCAUGUUGUCAGGGCAGCCAGAUUAAGUGCUCUUCUGUGAGCAAUCAGCGGGACUCAUUAAGUGCUUUUUCAAGGAGAUUGUAGCUCCUUCUAACAGGGAAGAGUCAGCUGCUUUAGACAGACUCUUGAAUCUUCCAUUAGGAGGCGUGGAACUGUUCUAAUAAGCCCUUGACUACUCCCUCCUCUUUGUAAUCUGUGCAGAGCUCCGGAUGAAUCAGGUAGUUGAAAUACACUAACAUAGUUGCGUAGCGUGUUUUGUAAACCAGUUUAUUUCUACCUUUAAUGGGGCAAAAAGCAAAUACCUGCCUUGAACAUAUCCCUCUACUACACACCUCUAUAACUGCCAGUUUUACUCACUUGUACUCUUUGAGAUGCUGUUAGGUUUAGAUUAGCUUAACUGGGUGUAAAUCAGGUACGAGUAGAGCAGCUGGGAUUUCCAAAGUUGGAAAUCCUUGCCUUCAGUUUUUAGUUCUUUGUAAAAAAAAACUGCUGGUUUUCUUUCUUAUCAUCAAAUUUGGACCUUUUAUUCCACUGGGAGACCUGGUGACCAAAAUAGCUGAAUAGAAAACCAGCAAGGUCCUGAGAGCCUUGAUAUAAAUAAAACAACUGAAUUAAAACCAAUUACUAUGAGAAUGCUCUGUAUACUAUAGGUCUGUUUCUUAGAUGUAGCCAUUAGUGUUUUGUUCAUCUUCACGAGUGAGUACAGCAGAUUCUAUUGUACACUCAGAUGUGCACUAUGACUGUUUGGGUCAAUACUGAAGCCAGAGGAAGGAAAGAGGUCUACUGUAGACCCGUUUCCUGCAAGUCCCUGAGGAGUAGAUUUAAGGAGUUGAAUAGUUCAAAACACUGCUGCAGACGUGGGAAAAUAUGUGUAUUAUUUAAAGGGAGAGACUCUUUAAAGUUAUGGCAACAGAAUUAACACAUUGACUGAACAAAAAAAGAUUUGUAACAAGUAAAUGGCUACUGUAUAUAUAUGUAUAUGUAGGACACUGGCUAAAGCUGCUCUGAGGCAUGUAACCUGAUAUAACACACCUUUGUAGCAGUGUGUCUUCCUGCGUUGACCUUGUUUUGCUUUGUUCCCAUGAUGCAUUUCUGAGUCAAGCAUCUGAAUCAAGUUACAGUUUAGACAUUCAUGAAUAAAGACGAGUCACGUCUCUGUGCUUUCGCUGCGGCCCAUGCAGCGUGUCCUUUUGACCGACACUAUUUAGGUUCACAUGUAAUUAAAAUGGAACAGCUGUGUUGUACCAAGAGCUGACUGUUUUUGUUUUCUGUUAGGUCCAAAUAAAUGUCUAUAUUUUGAUGUA